UCUGCGGAGAACUGAAAGAUGGCGGCCGUAGUGUCUGCUCGGUGGCUGAGGGUCCGCAGUGGCCUUCGCUUGCCCCUCACGAGUCAGCGGGUAGGUGUGUAUGAAAGGUUACACAGUUGCAGAUUUUAUUCUGGAAAUACAGCUUGCCCAAAGGUUGAAGGAACUGAUGUAACAGGAAUUGAAGAAGUAGUCAUUCCAAAAAAGAAAACUUGGGAUAAAGUGGCUGUUCUUCAGGCACUGGCAUCCACAGUAAACAGGGAUCCCACAGCUGCCCCUUAUGCAUUUCAGGAUGAUCCUUACCUCUUGCCAGCAUCUAGUUUGGAAUCUCGUACAUUUUUAUUGGCAAAGAAGUCUGGUGAAAAUGCAGCAAAGUUUAUUAUUAAUUCACAUCCCAAAUAUUUUCAGAAGGACAUAGCUGAACCUCAUAUACCGUGUUUAAUGCCUGAGUACUUUGAACCCUUGAUAGAAGAUGUAAGUGAAGCUGCCCUGAAGGAACGAAUCAGGCUCAGAAAAGUCAAAGCUUCUGUGAACAUGUUUGAUCAGCUCUUGCAAGCAGGAACCACUGUCUCUCUUGAAACAACUAAUAGUCUCUUGGAUUUGUUGUGUUACUAUGGUGACCAAGAGCCCUCAACUGAAUAUCAUUUUCAACAGACUGAACAGUCAGAAGAAUUGGAAGAGGCCACAGAGGAAAAUAACAAGAAAUCUAAGGAGAAGACUGGUCAUCAGUUGUUCACUACUUGGAAAACACAUAACAACGCUGAACGAAUCUUUGCUGUAAUGCCAGAGAAGAAUGAACAUUCUUACUGCACAAUGAUCCGGGGAAUGGUGAAGCAUCGAGCUCUUGAACAGGCACUGAACUUGUACACUGAGUUACUAAACAACAGACUCCAUGCUGAUGUACACACUUUUAAUGCAUUGAUUGAAGCAACAGCAUUGAUGAAUGAGAAAUAUGAGAAGAAAUGGGAUAAUAUACUGAGUCUGCUGAAACAUAUGGUUGCACAGAAGGUGAAACCAAAUCUACAGACUUUUAAUACCAUUCUGAAAUACCUGCGAAGAUUUCAUACUUUUGGAAAAGUGCCAGCCUUACAGACCUUACGUGAAAUGAAAGCCAUUGGAAUAGAGCCCUCGCUUGCAACAUAUCAUCAUCUUAUUCAGGUGUUUUAUCAGCAUGGAAGCUCUUUAAAAGGACACUCUCUCAUCAUCUACAGUAUAAUGAACGAAUUAGUGGGAAAGACAUUUUCUCCAGUGGACCUGGAUGAUGAUAAAUUUUUUCAGUCGGCUAUGUAUGUUUGCUCAUCCCUCAGAGAUCUAGACCUUGCUUACCAAGUACAUGGCCUUUUAAACACGGGAGACAACCGGAAAUUCAUUGGAUCUGAUUCUCAACGUAAUUUCUAUUAUUCCAGGUUUUUCAGCUUGCUUUGUCUAAUGGAACAAAUUGAUAUCACCUUAAAGUGGUAUAAAGACCUGAUACCUUCGGUGCUCUUUCCCCAUUGCCAAAUGAUGAUAGAUCUUCUCCAGGCUUUGGAUGUGGCCAACCGGCUAGAAAUGAUUCCUCAGAUUUGGAAAGAUAGUAAAGAAUAUGGUCUCCCAUUUCGUGGUAACAUAAGAGAAGAAAUCCUGAUGCUCAUGGCAAGGGAUAAACACCCACCACAGCUUCAGAUGGCGUUUGCUGAUUGUGCUGCUGACAUCAAAUCUACUUACGAAAGCCAAGAAGCCAGACAGGCUGCUCCCAGUUGGCCAGCCAAUGUUCUCAACUGUAUAGCUCUCCUCUUUUUAAGGGCUGAGAGAGCCCAGGAAGCCUGGAAGAUGUUGGAACUUUUUAGGAAGCAUAAUAAAAUUCCCAGAAGUGAACUUCUGAAUGAAUUUAUGGACAACGCAAAAGCAUGUAACAGUCCUGCCCAGGCCAUUGAGGUUGUGAAGCUGGCGAGUGUGUUCAGUUUGCCUGUUUGUGAGAAUCUCACCCAGAGAGCAAUGACGGACUUUGCAAUGGACCCAGAACAAAAGGAAGCCCUGGGCAACCCCACUGCACUGGCCAGUGACAGUGAUGGUGACAGCAGCAGUGACAGCGACAGUGACAACAAAUGAAAUAUUUAACCAUGACACGAAGAAAACAAGAGGAUGCCAGUUUGGUGAAUUUGGGACUGUGAAGUAACUGGACACAACACUGACUUUAGAUCAAGCUCCUUAUGUCCUAUUUACUAAACCAUCCAUGAGUGCAUUGCUCAAGACGUACCAUUUAAGCAGUAGCACUGCCAUCUCAUCUCUUCUGAUACAAGCACACAUGAGGUCCGUGGCUCUUAUAAAUGGAUAAGCCCUGAACACCCACAGUGUGUUCCCAUUGCCUAUAUUGGCAUGCUGUUGCUUAUCAGACUUUGCUGGCCUGUGUACUGCUGCUGCUGCUUUGAACUUAAAGGUUUUGAAAUUACAUCACAGUUGCUAUUUGAUCAGUAGUAUCAAUUUUAGAAUUGAUUAAAACAGGAUAAUGGCAAUUUUAGGCUGCACUGCUGGUAAGUGAAGACUAAAUAAAUGUAAUUAAUCUACAUA